UGAAACAAUUCCAAAGGGGUUUUAGGAUUUCUGUUUGUGAGGUAAAAAAAUGGCGGAUCAAAGGUGUAAAGGAAUCGUCAAAUGGUUCAGUAACGAGAAGUGCUUUGGGUUCAUAACUCCUAAAGAUGGUUCUACUGAUCUCUUUGUUCACCAGUCCGGUAUUAGAGCUCAGGGUUUCCGUAGUCUCUCUGAUGGUGAGGAAGUAGAGUACGUGAUUGAGUCCGGCAAUGAUGGCCGUUCCAAGGCUGUUGAUGUUACCGGGCCUGAUGGAGCACCGGUCUCUGGAGGUGGUGGUUAUGGUGGCUACGGUGGUAGCCGAGGUGGAAGCCGUGGAUACGGUGAUGGAGACAGUGGAUGUAAUCGAGGAUACGGCGGGGGAAGAGGUGGUGGUGGAGGCUGUUGUUAUCACUGUGGUGAAUCAGGCCACUUCGCUCGUGAUUGUAACCAGAAUGAAGGCGGUGGUGGUAGAUACUCAGGAGGUGGUGGACGAGGAGGCGGUGGCCGUUGCUACAAAUGUGGCGAGGACGGCCACUUUGCCCGUGAAUGCACCAGUGGUGGUCAGUGAUCGCGGCCUGCUAUGUUUUCAGUGUGUUUUAUGGUCGCCUUUUUUAGUAGUAUUAGUAUUAUUUGAAGCUUUUAGCAUUGUCGACGAUGCAAUGAAUACUCUCUGUACAAGUAAAAACAUACAUGUUUUUGAAGCAAUAUCAAUUUUUUAAGCUGCUUGCUUAAAUCUAUCUUUAAUUUUUCAAUUUGAAA